GCUGCACUUACGAUAUUUUAAGUGAAUUUGAGUCUUCCACUGCUUUUUCUGGUGAUGCAACUUCUCAGCUCUUCUGUGAUCAUUGUAAUUUUGUGACAAAUAUGUUAAGGGAUAUGGAUGCUCAUCUUAAAACUCAUGGAAAGAGUCACAGUCUUAAAUGCAAACAGUGCCUAAAGCAAUUUGCUCGAAAAGAUAGUUUAAGAAGACACAUCCUUGUCCAUUCUCUUGAACAACCAUACCAGUGUGACUUAUGCAACAGAUGGUUUCAACGUAAAGAUAGUUUGGACAGACAUCAUGCACAGUUAGAUACUAAAUUUGUUUAUUUAAAACUUGACUUGUUUUCUAUAGGAGUUAUGGAUAAGUUACUCUUCUCAUCAGGCUCAGAAGACAACGUCAUUGCUGAGUUACCUUAUUUAGUAGAUGCAAAUGAUCUUGACAGUGCUCAGCACUACAAAUGUUCACAGUGCUUUUUCAUUUCCGACAGUGAAGAAGUUUUGCAGAGUCAUAUAUCGUAUGUACAUGCAACACCACGACCAUAUCAGUGUCGCAUCUGUAAAAAGUUAUUCAGGCAGAAGAAAUGUCUAACAGAACAUAUGCGACUUCAUACUGGAGAAAGACCUUAUGCUUGCAAGAUAUGUCAAAGAAAGUUUCACACUUACAGUAGCCUUCAUUAUCAUCGUCGAAGCCUUUAUCAUUUCUAA